CCAUACUUGGGCUUCAGCCAACAUGAGAAAACGCAAUCGGUUAGGACUGACUUCUCUUCCCGCUACUCGUAACAACGGAAGUAAACAUUUUGACCUUGCAGCUCACCAACAAUGGCAGAAACGGAGGAACCCACAAUACCCUUUAAGAAUCUGAGUAGCAGAGAGUACCAGGGCCACAAGAAGAAGGUGCAUUCUGUGGCUUGGAACUGCACGGGGACGAAGCUCGCGUCGGGUUCUGUUGAUCAAACCGCUAGGGUUUGGCACAUUGAGCCCCAUGGACAUGGUAAGGCUAAAGAUAUUGAAUUGAAGGGGCACACAGAUAGUGUGGAUCAGCUGUGUUGGGACCCCAAGCAUGCUGAUUUGAUUGCCACUGCCUCUGGGGACAAGACGGUUCGUCUUUGGGACGCUCGGAGUGGAAAAUGUGCACAGCUAGCAGAACUUAGCGGGGAGAACAUCAAUAUCACCUAUAAACCUGAUGGGACACACAUCGCCGUUGGUAAUAGGGAUGAUGAACUAACAAUUUUGGAUGUUCGGAAGUUUAAGCCAAUUCACAAACGAAAGUUCAAUUAUGAGGUUAAUGAAAUUGCUUGGAGCACAACAAGUGAAAUUUUCUUCUUGACAACUGGAAACGGUACGGUUGAAGUACUAGCAUACCCAUCUCUUAAACCGGUCGACACUCUCAUGGCUCAUACAGCUGGUUGUUAUUGCAUUGCCAUUGACCCACUUGGAAGAUAUUUUGCUGUUGGGAGUGCUGAUUCCUUGGUCAGCCUGUGGGAUAUCUCAGAGAUGCUGUGUGUGAAAACAUUUCCAAAACUUGAAUCACCUGUGAGGACAAUAAGCUUCAACCACACUGGAGAGUAUCUUGCGUCUGCCAGUGAAGACUUAUUCAUUGACAUAUCAAAUGUUCAAACCGGGCGGACAGUACAUCAGAUUCCAUGUAGGGCAGCCAUGAACAGCGUUGAGUGGAAUCCCAAAUCCAAUCUACUUGCAUAUGCUGGAGAUGACAAGAACAAAUAUCAAACUGAUGAAGGUGUUUUUAGGAUAUUUGGCUUCAAAAGUGCAACCUAAAUUAUGCGCUUCUCUUUUGGCCUGUAAUUGGGGCAGUUGUGCAUGUUACGCGACUGUUGUGGUUCUGAACUUACAUUAUGUUCAAAAAACGAGUAUGCUGAUAGUUCUAUUUUCAAGACGAAGUGCAGCCACUGGUAUGACUGUCCAAUUCUGUUUGUACUAUUUAUUCUCAACACGAGGCUGAGCAGGUUUUUGCCCCAUUUUUCUGUUUGGCUUGUACUAUUUAUUUGAAACCUUCAUAUUGUUGAAAACAAGUAUCGCGUGAUGUUGAUUUCUAUUGAGAGUAUUGAUAAUUUUAUUUUCGAUAAAAGGUGUUUGUAGUAUGACUGUAUGACACAAUUGUAUUUCUGUAUAAACAAGAACAAUUUCAUUG